AUGUGGAGCCCCGCCUCCUGGAGCUCGAGGACAGAGCCGCCUCGGCUGGGCAGUCUGGCGGGAAAGGGAAUUCAACCCCUAAGGAGAACAGUCACCACACUCAUGGCAGGGAUUUUGCGCUCAAUAGUUCAGAGGCCCCCAGGCAGACUACAAAUGGUGACAGAAGGUGUGGAGACCCUUGUUUGUACAGAUUGGAUUCGUCACAAAUUUACGAAGUCAAGAAUUCCAGAUAAAGUUUUUCAGCCUUCACCUGAAGAUCAUGAAAAGUAUGGUGGGGACCCACAGCAACCACAUAAACUGCACAUUGUUACCAGGAUAAAGAGUACAAAAAGACGUCCAUAUUGGGAGAAAGAUAUAAUAAAGAUGCUUGGGUUACAAAAAGCACAUACUCCUCAAGUUCACAAGAAUAUCCCUUCCGUGAAUGCAAAACUGAAAGUGGUUAAACAUUUGAUAAGAAUCAAGCCCCUGAAGCUGCCACAGGGUCUCCCAAAAGAGGAGGACAUGUCCAGCACGUGUCUCAAGAGCACUGGAGAGCUGGUGGUGCGGUGGCUUCAGCACCCCACGGACCAGGAAGUGAAUAAGUCCUGA